AUAAAUAUAUACAUAUAUGCAUACGAUAAAUGCUAUACGUAUAUGUGUGUUUGCACACGCAUAUUGCGCUAUAGCCAUAUGUAUAUGUGUGUAUGCUAGUAUAUGUACAUAUAUAUAUAUAUAUAUAUACCUUCACAUAUUUUAUAUACAUAUAUGCAUAUCUAUUCACCUACUGUACCACUUCAUUAUGUAAGCAGCGGGAACUCUACGACGCCAAGCGAGCAAAAGCAGAAAAAAAGAAAACGCAAAAGCAAAGCAAACAAAAAAAGACAAAAAUCAACCCAAAAAUGGGAAACAACAAUCGACAAAACCAAAAUAUAACCAACAAAGCAACGAAAUUGAACAGAAAUGUUAUAAACCAUUAAUAACUGUAAUUUGUAAAUGUUCCGUAACCACAAACCACGCCCACGCUGAAACUAUUUUUCGCUCAAUUCGAAACCUAAACGCAAUAUGUCAUCCGUUGUGGCUGGCGAAACGCCAUUAAUAAAUCUAGCCGAAGAUCUCGAGGAUGGCGAGAUCGACGAUGAUGAUGAUGAGGAUGAGCAACAGCAACAAAAGCCGCCGCUGCCGCAGCAGCAGCAGCAGCAAGGUCAAAUACAACAACAAUCAAAGCCAACGGCCUUUAAGGGCUGCGGCUCCAACGAUGAGGUCCAAUUUGUGGGCAUUGAGCGCCUGAACGAGAAGCACGACGAUGACGUCAUAUUUCUGGGCAUGGCCAGCGAAACGCCAAACCCCAACAAUAGCAAAUCCAAGAAGCCACGCCCACUCGAAGAUGAUCAUGCGGUCAGCAUUGAAAAUGCCAUUGCCAAAGCGCUCAAGAAGGGGGGCAUUGAGCCGCCCCUGCCCAAGCUCAAUAACAGCAACAACAAUAACAGUGACGCCGACAGCGCUGCCAACGCCAUCGGUGACAGUGGCAGCGCUGCCAUCGGCCUCGAUAGCUCGCAGCUUGGGGGACAACAGCAGCAGCCGGCGGCAAGUCGCAGCAGCCGUCGACGCAAGCGCAAAAAGGAACGCGAACGCGAGCAGAAGAAAGACAAGGAACAUCAGAAACGUGCGCGCCGCGAUUCGAUGGAUGACGGCGGCGUCGCUGGGGCCAGCGACGACAUGGAAAUGGACGAAUACGAAAUGAUGAAUGUGCGCGGCGGCAGCCCGCCGCCAGGUGGCGCCACAGGCGGCUCAACCAAUGCCGCAGCGCUCCGCUACGGCAGCGACUGGCCAGGCCUGGGGGAGGAACCGAGCUACGAAUCCCCGCCAGAGAGCUACAGCAGCUACGACUCCUACUCGGACGACGAGGCGGCCAACGUGGCGGCCAUUGGCACUGCGCAGCGUCGACGUCACCGGCGUGACCGCGAGAAAGAUAAUCGCGGCGGACGCAAGCGACGGGAUCGGGAGCGCGAACGGGAUCGAGAUCGUGAUAUGGAUAGACGGCAUGAUGGAGGCUUAGCCAUGGGCGGAAUGGGCAGCGGGGGAUCCGGUCUCGGUGGAGGAUCUGGCAUGGGUGCGGGUGGCGGAGGAUCCGGUGGUGGUGGUGGAGUCGGUGGCGGCAAGCGCAAUCGUCGCGACUCCAACGAUGACAAGUCACGCGAGCCGCGCAAACUGGAGCUGUGCAAGUUCUACCUGAAGGAUUGCUGUGCGAAGCGCGACAAGUGCAGCUACAUGCACAAGGAGUUCCCGUGCAAGUACUACUACCUGGGCAUGGACUGCUAUGCCGGCGAGGAUUGCCUCUUCCAUCACGGCGAGCCGCUGACCGAGCAGCUGCGCAACAUUCUGCUGAAGCACAUGGAGACGGCGCCCAAGGAGAUCCUGGGCGAUUUCAAGCGCAUCUCACGGGACAUUGCGCUCAACCAGAUGACGCGACGACAUGAGCAACUGUGCGACCAGUACAACAUGGACAAUACGUGGACGACAUUGGCCAGCGCCGGCAUCAGUCGACUGCAGGAUCAGCAGCAUGCGGCGGCCAAGGCAGCUGCCCAGGCGGCCAAUCAAGCGGCCGCCAUUGCUGCGGUCAAUGCCAAUCUGCAGCAGCAGCAGCAGCAGCUGCAGCAACAACAACAACAACAGAAACAGAUGCAGCAGCAACAGCAACAACAGCAGACGACAGCAGCAGCUGGAGCAGCAGGAGGAGGAGCAGCUGCUGGUGGCGUGAUACCCUCGCUGCUCGACAUGGUGAUCAACCCGCCCCUCAACCUGAAUCAGGCCGACUCCAAGCCCGAGAAGAAGCGCAAAUCGCGCUGGGCCGAAAAAUCGGGCAGCAAAUCAGGAGCGGAAAAGGGAACGGUAGCAGCAGCUGGAUCGGCAGCUGUAGCGGAAGCAACAGCUCCAACGGGAUCGGGAUCGGGCACGGUAUCGGGAACAGACACAGGAUCAAGCGCUGGAGCAGGAACAGCUGCUACGGCUACAAGCCCCGUUGCGCCAAGUGCAGCCGCUGCUAAGCCCCUGCCCGCCCACUUGGAUUUGGUGAAUCUGACGCACGUGCUCAGCGCCGAGCACAUGGCCAAGCUGAACAAGCUGGGCAUUACGAAUCUGGAGCAGAUGCUUCAGGUGCCCUUCGGUCAGCUGACCGAGGUGGGACUAACGCUGUCCGAGCUGGGUGAGAUCCAGCGCAAGGCCGAGGAGGCCAAGCCUCAGUCAGCAACAGCAGCCGCCGCACCGACGACGGAGACCAAAACCAGUAAGACGGAUCAGGACUCGAGCAACCUGAACACCGUUCUCAGCUCGAACAGCAAUAGCAACAGCAAUAACGGCUUCAUCAUGGUCGACUACACACAGUAUCUGAAGGAUGCCCAUGUCAACUUUCCAGGCAGCGAUCCGCUGGACGAUGAUCGCGAAGAGGACGACGAGCAGCUGGUCAUCGACGAUGGCAACGAGGAGGAGGAAGGCGACGAGUCUGAGUCGGACGCCAAGUCAAAGAAAUCGAAACGUGCCAGUGAGGAUGAGGAGAAGAAACCGUUAUCCCAGUCGGACAUCGACGAGGAUGCGCCGCCCCUGCCAUCCGUGUUCGAUCUGCCCACCUUCAUGAGCAACAUGCUCGGCCAGAAGUCAACGCUGGCGACAGCUGCAGCUGCCGCGCCGGUUGCAUCGUCGCCCAGCACACCGGACCCGCACCGGGAGAGCAGUCCGCCCGCAUCGGGCAGCAAGUCGCCGGGGUCUGGAGGCGGACUCUUUAAUAAGCUGAUAUUUAGCUCCUUCUACAAUCCAUUCAGAGCGAACAGCGGCGACAAUGCGGCGACUGAUGAUGGCGAGAGCCAUGAUGCGAAUGCCACUAGCGACAGCUACAGCUUCUUGGAUGCCGUCCACUAUUCCAAUUCGAAUUCCCGCUCCAUGACGCCAAUCCCGACGCCCGAGCCGGGCUCGCAAUCACCCAAGGGACUGGGCGGGGGCGGGGAUCAGCUUCCCGCUUCGAGUGCCUCAUCGCUGGGCGCGUCCGAUGCGACGACCGUCUCGCUCUAUGCGCGUCGCUCCAUGUACGACUACGAGCCGGCCAAGGCGGCGCUGGAGGAUGCGCGCGCGAAUGCCCAGAAGCGCGAACGGGAUCGCGACAUCGAUAUGCGACUGCCGUUCGAGCCGAUGAAGCACUACUUGCCCGCCACCGAGAUCGAUGCGGCCAUCUUCUCGCACAUCCCGAUACGCUGGCAGAUGCAGGAGGUGCUGGUGGAGCCGCCCUGCUAUUCGCAGCUGCGUCAGAGCGCCAGCCACAAGGAGCAGCGCGAGGUGCGUGAUCCGCGCGUGCGCCGCAUCCUCGGCCUGCCGGAGCUAACCGACGAUGCGGCCGGUGGCGCUAGCUCAAUUCUGACCCGUGGCCAUGGCAGCACCAGCUUCAGUACGGCGUCUGGCUUCUCCACGGAGCGUCGCGAGCGCAAGACGAGCAACUGCAUCGCCUCGCCCGAUACUCAACGGUUGGAGUCGACGCCCAGUUCGCCGCCGCCGCCUGCCGUACUAACUUCAUUGCCCGCCAUGAAUGUGCCACCGCCCAUGACUGCAGCCAACGCCUCCACAUCUGGCGCCGUUGCCGCCGCCGCCUCGUCCGGCAGUGAGCCAGCCGUGGCAACUGGCGGUGAUCCGCGUCGCACUGAUCCGCGUCGUGAUCCGCGCCGAGCGCAUUUAAAUGUCAGCAGCGCCAACGUUUCAUCAUCGACAUCGACAUCGACAUCAUCAUCAUCAUCCGGCUCCGGUACCGGUACCGGCACCGGCACCAGCUCCGGCUCCGGUUCCGGCUCCUUCAACGAUAGCGGACGCCAGAUCUCCGAGAUACGCAAUCUGCUGCAGAGCUCCAACUGGUACAAGCAGCUGGGCAGCAAUAACAAGAUCAUGGUGAAUCAACAGCUCGCCCUGGUCUUCACCGAGCUGAAGAAGUUCCAUCAGCAGGAGUCGCCCAACAAGAUCUUCGACGUGAGCUUCAUCGUGAGCAACCAGACGCUGCAGCAGAUCUUCGCCAAGCUGCACAUCUACAUCGAUGACAACGGCCUGGUCGUUCAGCUGCCCGAGGAGCCGCCCCAGAAUGUCGCCUCGGUGGUGGUGCCCAACUUGCCGCCCAUUCUGCCCAACAUGUCCCAGCCCCCGCCGAAUCUUAUCCAAAUGCUCCAACAGCCCCCACCCAAUGUCGGCCGAAUGAUGCCCAUGGGCAUGGGCAUGCCGCAGUUCAAUCAGCCGCCGCCCCAGCGCUCGAACAGCAUCCUGGGCAUGCCGCCCCACGGCAUGGGUGUGGGCGUGGGCGUGGGCGUGAUGAACAACAAUCCGUUCAAUCCGUUCGCCGGCAACAAUCUGAAUCUGAAUAAUCUCAACAAUCUGAACAACCUGAACAACUUGAGUAACCUCAAUAUGAAUAUGAAUAUGAACGGCAUGAAUAACAUGAAUAACAUGAACAACAUGAAUGGCAUGAAUAUGAACAACCUGGGCGUGGCGUUCAAUGGCGGCGGAGGCGGCGGCGGCGGUGGUGGUGGCGGUGGCAAUGGAAUGCCUGGACCAGGACCGGGACCAGGGCUCGGGCCAGGUGGGCCGUUCAAGAACUUCGGACCGGGUGGCAACAAUCAGGGAGGCGGCCGGCAUUUUAUGGGUAAUCGGAAUCGGGGAGGCGGCGGCGGUCAUCGCAAUCGCAACUAGAUGGAGAUUCUGAUAAUACUGGGAGAAUACUGUUCUCAUUGAGAAAAAGAAAAACAUUCACCACACACAUACGAAAAGAGAAACAAGGGACAAUGCUCGAACAAACACAGAAAGCUAAAAAUACUGGUAGAAAGCCGACGAAUACUGGGCAGGAGGCGAACAUACGUGUAUGACAGAAUAGUGGGAAAAGAUCAAACGUUAAUAUGCACACAAAAUACUGUGCGAAAAUACUGGGUGCACUGCAGACCCUGAAAGCUAGAAAUACUGGUAGAAAGCCGAUGUUACAGUAUGCGACAAAUACUGGUCAAGAAGCAACGUUCCGAAUAGUGGGAAAUGAGCAAAUGUUCAUGUGUGCACAAAAUACUGGUGAGGAAGCAAAUGUGCAUGCCUGAGAGAAUACUGGGAAUGCUAUAAAAUAUGCCCGGUAGCAGUCCGGAAAUAAAGCAACAACACGAACAACAACUGCAAAUACGGCUUACCAAAAGCCGUUAAUGUAUGCGCCCCGUUGCCUUGCAAUAAGCCCUUCAAUGUAAAAAGACUUGUAGCGUUAUGUUUAUGUUUAUCAAUGAACUGCCCAAAUCAGCCCCAGCCCCAAACCCCCUCGCCCACGCCCACGUCCCUGUUGACCUCUGAAAUAAGACAUACAACAGCCCCUCCCACACCCAUAUGCCCCGAAUCCACACACAUACACACACACACACACUAGGAUAUGGAAAGCAAAUGUUACAUUUGUAUAGCUUUAUCGGUUUGUUGCUAUUUUUAGCUAAUACAAAACAAAAAUCGGAUUUGGACUGCUAUGUAACUGUACAUUAUAACUAUAAAAAUUGUUUUUUUUUUUUUAGCAUAGAUAUAUAUAUAUAUAUGUAUAAUUAAUAUAUAUGCAGACUAUUUUUUUUCUAUGUUGAUAAGGAUACUCUUAUAUAUACAGAUAAAUAUAUAUAUAGCGCCUACGUACUGAUACAAACUCAAAAACAUUUAUAUAUUAGUCGUUUGUUAACGAUUGUAAGCUUAGUCGUAAUUGUAGUAGUAUUCAACAAUCUGUAGCAUACGAAAUAAACGUAAAGUUUUAAGUAUUAUA